GUGCUGAUGGAGCUGCUGUGUGAGAGAGGAGACACGCGGCCGUAUCGAUGAGGAGGAGGAGGAUGAAGAGCGGAUCACAUCAUCGAUCCGCGCUGAUCAGCUGUUCGAUCCUCGAGAGGGGAGCUGCACGAGGCGACAAUCGGCGUCAUCAGUCAUCGAUCAACGUCAUCGAUCACACCUGACGUGUCGCGUGAGCCGCAGAGAGAGAGAGAGACAAGCAGCUGAUCCGCGGGACUCUGCGGGUUCUGGACCAUGUGAACCUGCGGGUUCGAUCCCCGCCAGAGGUCCGGAGGGAACUCCGCAGGUGGUCCAGCAGCGAUUGAUCCAGAUCUUUACCCGGACCCUUUUAACCUGGAUUUAUUCCUCUUUGAUUUUGGAUUUGUUCUGCAUCUUGUCCUGUGUGAAUCCUCUGAGCUCUGUGGAUGUUUGGAGCCUGAAGGUCUGAACAGCUGCUGCAGAGAUGUUCUCACUCUGGAGUCUGGAGGUCUGACGCUCUGAAGACUGCCCAACUCCCUCUGCAGGCUGGCCGAGGAACUGUUCUACCAGCUGGUAUUAGCUAACUGCUAACAGCUAGUACCUUACAGCUACAUGCUGCCAGCUUACUACUAGUGGUUAGCAGCUAAAGGCUAAACGCUAACAGCAGUUCUGUGGUUGGUGUUGAGAUGCUGGAUAACCACAGGCGGGAACGACUGGAGCUCUUAUGAACACAGGUACAAGUUGAGAGAGCGAGUGUGGGAGUCAAUCAGAAGACAGUGGGCUCACAUGGGAAACAAAAGCCAUGGAGGUCAAAGGUCAACUCAUCUCACCUGACCCUCUCACAUGUCCAGACAGGAAGCAGCGGGAGCGAAUGGCAGAGCUGCAGGAGAGGAGGCGGAGCCUGCAGGCCCUUCUGAGCACACGAUUGGCUGAGCUGAGACGGAUCUGUCUGCAGGAGGCUGAGCUGACAGGCGCGGUGCCAACUGACUUCCCCCUGGAGGCGGGGGAGAAACCCCCCAGUGUACCACGGAGAGCGUCUCGCCACGCAAACAGGAAGUGUCGAUCAGAGGAGGAAGACUCUCAGCGUUCAAAGCCGAAGAAAACUUUAUUCAGUGGAGCUCUGAGGAAACACAGCGACCCUGAACACAACACACACUCCCAAACACACACACACCAUGGCAAGAGGACCGUACACCGAGGCUGCCACACAGACGACACAGUGAGGUCAGAGAGCAGCUCUACAUCAGACUCAACAGGACACGACAAUGAUGAAGGUGUGUCUCAGUGUCGCCCCCCGCUGGUCUCUGUUGGAUCUCCAGUUGAAGUUUUCUACCAAAACAAAACAAAGAAGAACUCAGUGCUCAUCAGGGUCGACCAUUCGGAGGCUCUUAAGCCCCUCAGCCUGCCUCCCUCUCACCCUCCCCCUCCCCCCCCUCGCUCUCAGGACUCCUCCUCCUCCUCGGCUCCCUCCGAUCCCGCAGGUGAGGGCGGGGUCAGGUUAAACGCCAGUCGUCAUAGUAACAGCUCCGAUGGCCUCCUGGAGCGCCUCCCUCACCCUGAGGAGGAGGGCGGGGCACAGCAGGGGGGAUUGUGGGUAAACGGUCUGCUCGGGUCCAGAGGAACGAAUGGGGCUGGAGUUUUCAGGAGCUCAGAGACGCUGACAGACGGACGGACCAGGAUGAGGACCAAUAACGUUGUUGGGGAGGCGGGAGGGGCGGGGCGAGGAGGAGGGGGAGGAGGAAGAGGAGGGGGGUACGAGGUGCUGCUGGACUAUGUUUGGGGGAAACAGCAGCAACUGCAGAGACAGCAGUCCCAACCAAACAGCCGACAGCCAAUCACAUCGCACCAGCAGCUGCUCUUCAACGGGUACUCCUCCCAGCAGCCCGCUGCAGCCCCGCCCACCUACCGCGUUCACCAGGGAGACCAGCGGCGAGUCAAAGUGACCCGCACCAAGUCCUGCGGGCCCUUCCUCCCAGUGCAGCAGAACCAGACUGAUACCCAUAAUCCUCUUCUGACAGCCAUCCAGCCAGACCCCCACCCUCACCUGCUGCCCCCCCGCCCGCCACAGCCGCCCCCUGCCCAGGAUGCCCAGCUAGAGGACGCCACAAGGAGCCUUCACAAGGCCCUCGCCCUGGAAGGUCUCAGGGACUGGUACCUGAGGAACACGAUAGGAUCCACAAACCAAAACCAGGUCAACGGAAAAGUCAACGCAGGGGUCAACACUAAGGUGAACGGAGGGGUCAAAGGUCAGACUGGAGGAGGGGCCGGAGCUCUGCCUGGCAGGCGAAGGACUCAAGGUGCUAUCCAGCAGUCGACCUAUCAGAGCGAGACGAGUCAUCACAAGAAGACGCUGCCGCACUCGGCCACGUUCCACGGACACCCGCUGCUCGGAAGGUCUGUGGACAGCUCGCUCUACCAUGACUCCUUCCCUCAGAAAAAGGAAAUCCCUCUCAGAGACCUGACCCUGGACCAGCCGUCUCCUGGAACUUUGGUCUGACUCACCAACCAAUCAGGGAGUCUGACAGACAGACGCACUGACCAAUCAGGGCACUGACAGACAGACUCACCAAUCAAUCCCAGGCCGGCCUCGUGGACCCGGGUCCUGGCUGUGUGUGUGUGUGUGCAGGUGGAUCUUCAGGUGAAGCUAGGCUCAGUGUUGAACUCUCUGCAAGUUUAAGCUCAGCUGAUCCUGAAGCUCCGCCCACUAUGAUGUCACACAGGAGGAUGAUGUAACAGUCUUUUGAUGCCCCCCCCUUUACCCCCCAAGUCUGAACUUGUUUAUUCAGCAGAUUUUCUUUUUACUUUGUUUUAAGGUUACCAUGACGACGUGUUCGUCUGUAAUCUGCUCAGACAAUCAGAAUGAAAAACCAGCUUUUCUACGACGAGCCUUUGAUACGAGUCAUGAUGACAACGACGAUGAUGAUGAUGAUGAUGAUGAAGCUGUUGCACUCUCUCUCUCUGUGAGGUCACAUGAUCACCAGCUGACAUCACCAGCUCUUUUCACGGACCAGCAGAUUAUAGAUCAGCUGAUUGAUCCUCAGGUGAGAACCUUCAGGUAAUCUCUGCACUAAACGUUCAGCAGCUGAUCCGUCAGGUAACCUCCUGUAACACCUGGAACAGCUGCCGCGCAGGGCGUUCCUGUCUCAGUUUCAGGUCAAACAACAAAAACAAAGAUCACACCGUCAUUAUAAUAACAAUAAUAAUACACAGUUAUAAAACGCUGCUGCUGACGUUCACUCAUGGAUGGUUUUUGUUUGUGUGACAUCACGAGACAGGAACUUCCUGUCAGACUCUUUAGCGUCGACUGUGUACAGGAAUCUUAACGGUCGCCAUCUUGUUACCGUAUUUGGAAGAGAGGGAGGGGCCUGUGAAAGGGGAAGGGGUCAGUGUGAGUGUUGUUUGUGAAGAAGGAAUGAGCGAACUCCUCUCCGAGGCGUUCUGUGGUCGCCACCUGCUGGUGAUUAGACAGAAUACAUUUUGAGACACGUCUGCUGACACGGGUCAGAGCAAUAACAGGAAGCUUUCAGACUUUCAGAAUAAAAUGUUCUGCAGCGACAAUCAGACAAUGAUGUCACAGUGUUUAUUGAGGAUUGAUUGAUUGACAGUUUUUAUUCAUGUGAUGAUGUAAACAUUUUAUAAAGUACAUUUUAAUAACACGCAGUCUGAGUAUCAAACUGAUCCGGCGUUGUUACGACAGUUUGACUGUCUCUAUCAGUCUUCAGGUGGCUCAGUCUGACCUUCAGGCUCCGCCUACAGGAAGCCUCGGUCACAUGACUCACAGCUGCUUAUUUAAACCCAUGAAGAAGAAACAUUGCCCACUCCAGGAAACAUUAUGGGAUGUUCUGACUAUCCCCCUGAAAGUCUCUUAACAGUUAGUGUCUGAUUUGUGAUGACAUGUGAUUCAGUCUCAGUUGCCAUGGUAACUGAUGAAACACACAAACGGAUUAAACCCCGCCCACCUUUAGACACAGCUCAGGAUUGGACACUGCUGUUGUCCCCGCCACGCCGACUGACAGAUAAAUACUGUGAUUAUUUAUUCAAAAUAAUCUGCAGUUAUGAUGUCAUUAAACUUCCCGUGGUUUCUGAUUGGCUGCAGCAGCUGUCAUGUGACCGCCGCUUCAGAGGAGCAGAUAGAGUCCCAGCAUGCACCUCUUCUUCUUCCUCCGGUGUCAAGCCAAAGCAUAACACAAAUGAACAAACACAAUGAAAAAACACAAACAAACAACAGACAUCAAACAACAAACAAACACAAACAAACAACA